AUGGAUUACCAGGCGAAGGAUUCCGAUAUCACGUUGAUCAGCUCGGAUAACCUGAAAUUUAAGGUACAUGGGUAUAUGCUGAAGGCGCACAGCGUGGUCCUUCGAGAUCUCCUUAACGACCCUCAGAUGUUACUAUCUCCAAUCCCUAUUGACGUCAGCUCUCGCGAUCUUAAACGAUUCUUGGAUCUAAUGUAUGUGGCAAAACCAAUUAUACCAUUUUCAUGGAUGGAGACCAAAACGCUCCUUGACCUAUGUGACAAAUACGAUUGUCAUCUAAUACAUGAACGUAUUCGAACGAGACUCGAUCCACAUGCCGAACAAGCCCCAUGGGAAACGUUCUGUCUUGCAAGUCAUUUUAACGAUUUGGAGUUGGCCAAGAAAUCUUUAGUGUUUAUGGGUAGAGAUUCGAAAAGAAGAUGGUUUAGCAUCAGGAUGAUCUCGAUAAAUGACGCUUCUCAGCCUACUUUACCUUAUUUGAUGGGGUUGUUGAGAACUGUGGAUAUGGUUUAUAGAAGUCAGCCGCCUAGUCCGGCAAGUAGGGAGGGACCACAGUGGGAUCUGGUGGCGAGUAAGUUUCAGCUGUUAUCGCAAUGA